AUGCCGCGAUCGAUCGACCCCGACGACGGCUCGAUGUUCGGGUACUUCCGCGCGAAUCCGGACCGCGCGCUGCGACGCGAGGUCUUAAAGUGGGUCCAGGGCCUGGACUUGUCGCACAGCGUGCGCGACGUGCGACGGGACAUCGCGAACGGGUACGUCGUCGCGGAGAUCUGCUCGCGGUACUUCCCCUCCGAGCUCGCGCUGCACUCGUUCGAGACCGGGUCGUCCACCGCGUUCCGGAAGCACAACUGGGCGAUGCUGACCAAGUUUUUCCUUCGCGUCAUGCCCCGGGCGGCGCUGAACCCGAAACUCGUGGACGGCGUCAUCAAAGAGUACCACGGCUGCGCGAUCGACAUGAUGGAGAACCUCUACACCGUGUUCACGCUGAAAGAGCUCACCCCGCAGGCUGCGUUCAUGGACCCCGCGAGCUACGACCCGUCGAUAUCCAAGGCUGCGUACGCGCGAAUCGCGCACGAGAUGAAAACCAAAGACGACGGCAGCGCCGCGCACGAGGUGUUCGGUUCGCACGACCUGCGCAACCGCCAGACGAACCCGUACGGGCACACGCCGGAUCACCUGAACAUGGAAACCGACGCGAGCGGGUGCGCGCCGUCGCGCCGGGGGAAGCUCGUCGCGGGGGGCCAAGGCCACAUGCGACUGGACGACGAAGGCAAUCCGGACGUGAUGCCCGACGACGCGUCUCUCGCGGGGAGGCGGAGGGAGGCGCCGGUGGUCGUGUUCAACGAGCAGAGCAUGGGGAACAGCGUGAAGUUCGGGAGCGUCGAGAGAGAGGGCGAGAUCGAGUCCGCGAUGGAGGUGAGGCAGAGGAUCGCGCGGGCGUCGGGGGGGACGCACUACGGCAUGGACGACGAGUUUGGAUUCUACUGA